AUGCUGUCACUAGCUGGGCAAUCCGCAAUCCGGGCAGUUCGCGCCCAGUCCACGCCCCGCGGCCUUUUAUUCCAGUUCCAAUCGUCAUCCAUCGCACGACUACUUUCCACACUUGCCAUCCUCGAGCAAAGAGAUGGCAAACUCAACAGUGGCUCGCUAGGGGCAGUCACGGCUGGAGAAAAGCUUGGAGGCUCUGUACAUGGCUUCGUCGCCGGGAAGUCGGCAAAGACGGUCGCACAAGAAGCGUCAAAAAUCAAAGGGUUAGAGAAGAUCAUCGCGGUGGAGAACGAGGCGUACGACAGAGGGCUACCCGAGAACUGGGCGCCGCUGCUGGUAGAGAAUAUCAAGAAGGGAGGAUAUACUCAUGUGAUUGCGGCGCAUUCGGCGUUUGGCAAGAGUCUGCUUCCCAGAGUGGCGGCGUUGUUAGACGUCCAGCAGAUUUCGGAUGUUAUGAGUAUCGAGGGCGAAGACACGUUUGUCAGACCUAUAUACGCCGGCAAUGCCAUUCUCACGGUCCAGAGCACCGACCCCACCAAACUGUUAACAGUGCGCCAAACAUCCUUUGCACCAGCAGAGACAGAAGGCGGCUCCGCUAGUGUUGAGGAUGGCGUGGACACCAAGGCUGAGUCGUCCACCGAAUGGAUCUCUGAAAACCUCACAAAAUCCGAUCGUCCUGAGCUGGCCUCCGCCGAGAAGGUUGUUUCGGGCGGCCGUGGCUUGAAAUCCAAAGAAGAAUUCGACCGAUUAAUGCCUCCGCUGGCAGACGCGUUGGGCGCGGCCAUUGGAGCUUCGAGAGCGGCAGUGGAUAGUGGCUUUGCGGACAACAGCUUGCAAGUCGGCCAGACGGGGAAGAAUGUCGCCCCUCAACUGUAUUUGGCCGUGGGAAUAUCGGGCGCCAUCCAACAUCUCGCGGGAAUGAAGGACAGCAAAGUCAUUGCAUGUAUUAACAAGGACCCCGAUGCGCCAAUCUUCCAAGUCGCGGAUGUAGGACUGGUUGGGGAUCUCUUUGAAAAGGUGCCUGAGUUGACGGACAAACUGAAGUCUCAAUGA